UAUAUAUACACACAUAUAUAUAUAUAUAUAUAUAUAGAGAGAGAGAGAGAGAGAGAGAAAAGGAAGGGUACUAUCGCUGGCUUCGUAAUAACCAAAACUUGGCACUCUGUUUUGACUCCGGCGCUACUCACUGUCUACUACGGCACUCGAGAAGACAGUAUAUUAUUCUCGUGGAAAAGUGCGGAACGCUUCACGGUAUACUCUUUUACUCUUGUGGCGGCAACGUUAUUUGUACCCAGGAACAACUUCGUAUUACGUGACAGACUCGUAAAUCUCGUUGAAAAUUGCCAUCUGUCUAUUUAUUUCGAUUUCUAUUGGUUGUCGAGCAAGUCGCGAAUAUUCCUCUUGAGAAAAGUGAAAGAGUUCCUAUGAAGAGCAGUGUGUAGUUAUUGGAUCUAAAUUUUGACAGACAAAUACCCUAGAUUAAAUGUGGACUAGACUUGACUAUUGCAAGGUUCCAGUUGUGCCAACUUAGGACUCUAAUUCAAAAGAAGAUCUAACAUCUUGUUGUUCCUGUCAUUCGAGUUAAAUCGGUACUUUGGUGGCACGUGUUAAAAAAAAAUAAAAGUUUCAAGUCAGUGCAAAUAAGUGAUAAAAGAAAAAUUCCUAGUGACUUGUGGACAUUACAAAGAACAAGAUGACCCUGUUAUUGUUUCUCUUCAUGGCAAUGGUCUGCGCACAAAAAGCCUCCGUCGUGACGACCGACGUCUUUCAGGAUUACGAACCGCAGCUCAAAGUCGGCUGUUACUUCUCGGCCGAAUUCCAGGGUGAAUUCGUGAUGCAGGUCAGCGGCAAGAGUCCCAGGGGUUCCAUGAGCAGGGGCGGACCCAUUCAGUAUUCUACUGUCAACAUCACAUUCGAUUCGAUACCUGUCUGGGGUUACUGUCAUCAAAGAGUCGGUGAUAGAGUACUGCUCAUUGACAGGUACGGAGACGGAGACUGUAUAAGGUGUUUCCGACUCCUGAGAAGAUCCCGUAACGUGAUCGAGGUCUUCUCCGAGAAUCUGAACAGGUGUUACACAUCGGAAUCCGGAGCUCUUGCCUCCUGCGAAACUCUCAACUCCACAGCUAUUUUGUACCGUACCAGGGAGAUUGGCGGAAUUGACAUCAGGAAUGAAUAUUGUCCAAUAGCUGGACAUUAUCACUUCACCUAUAACAUUAAUGACGGAUCCGAAACGAAUAUUGAGUGCAAUACAUUUUCCUCGGAUCUUGGAAAUUGUCCAGACGGUUCUGUCUUCCAUUUGAAAUUUAAAAGAUGCUCUUUCGAGGAUCACGGUAGGACACAUUCGGCGAAUCGAGGCGAGAAAUCUUCGUUAAAGAACAUCACAUUUAAUUGUUUGGGAAGCUGGGAUGGCGGUCCAGAUGGCUCGAGAUAUAUUGCUCUUCUGGAUACAAGAGAGGGUGCCGAACGUAGACCACAGUAUCGUUGCGGACUGUACCACGUGGAUAGCAAAAGAGGAAAAACAUACUUGGCCUUUAGCAGCGAUUCCAGUUGUACUCAGAACUUGGAAAAUUCUACCAGUGGCUAUGAAACUUUGGUACUGAGUAAAGCAACCAAUCAGAAAAAGGUGCCAGAGUAUGUGAAAAGUCAUCUGGCGACAUUUCCAAAAUGGGCACAAGGCGAAUGGGAGGAAUCAUUGAUCGUUAACGGUACAAUGACGUUUACCGAUCUCAAUGGUUACAAGAGCUACACUUUUGUCACUGUGGACUCCAACGAUGAAACCGGACAUUACGUCGUAUAUUCGAAAGAUCAAUGCGAAGAGGAAGCGUACGUCUGUCUGAUAAUGCGACAAAGAAGCGAAAACGUAUUGGAAUUUACUACAGGAGGUGUAUCCAGUCCAAUUUAUCAAAGUUACCUGUGCGAUGAUCCUAAUCUGGACAAGUCAGCAUGGAUGACCCAAGCAAGAAUUGAACGAGUCGUAGAAUCUCCAUGUCCAAUCACUGGGGAAUAUACGGGAAUGAUAACAGAUCUUUCUGGAAUGUGUGCUGAGUUAAGUAGCAAUUGCAACACACGUGAGAUCAUGUACUACAAGGUCAGCGAUUGCGAAUCCGGUGAAUUAUUCGAAGAACGUACGUAUCUCUGCCUAGGACAAUGGGAAGAGAAGGGUGUUAUGUAUACGUAUACCAUGAGGAACGAUACCAGCACCAAUGAGUGUUUCGUUGGAUUGAUCGUGAACGACGAAGAGAUCUACAUAAAGGAAGCUGGAGAUCAUUGUAUCAGGAAUAUAGAUCCAAAACAGCAGGGAAUGCGUCUUUAUAAGAAGGGACAGUGUUAUGGAAAUUCACCUAGUCCAGCUCCUACGCCGAUGAAGCCGAUCGCUCACGAUCCGAUAAUGCGGAUCACCACGACUCAUCAAUCCAGAGUGCCAGCAGGUACCACAAAAGCACCACCAAGUUCAGUUCCUUCGUCGGCGACAUCAACUAUCUCCGGGAUCACGAUAUGGUCCUUGUGCCUGACGAUGCUCUUCGUUCUUGCCAAAAAUACUUCAUACGAGUUUGAGUAACGACAUGGCUCCCAGGGAGUCAAUCGAUUUUAGGUUAGACAAUUGAUAUUCCUAUUUUCGUAUUAACGACGGGCAAAGGCGCCUCAUCGUCGGCGUUCUGGUCGAAUCUUAGAUAGACACAGAGUAUUUAAAUGACUAAUCAGUAGGUUAGAAAGCAUUGUAGAAAAAGAUUAUAGAAACGUUAUAUCAUGUUUUAUACUGCGACAUAUUACGAUAAGGCAUUCGAAUUUUUUAUCGUCAUGCAUCCCUUUCAUCCCCUUGAUAAACAAGUCAAUUCUUAUCAAAACGGAAAGUCGGAGUAUCCCGAAUCGGAUUGAUAAUUUGGAUACACUGUGUGUAUUUGAAUAUUAAUUGUAAUUAUUAUCCGACGCCGUAACGGCGCCCUCUACUCCUUAACGAUGCUCAACGAAAUGCAUGAAUAUUUAUUUAUUUAGAGAAUACAAAUGUUUAUGCCACCAGGCACCAGUCUUGGCAAUUAACGUUGCGCUGAAGAUCUUUCCCAAGAAUCUUUCUUUUUUUUUUUACGGUCAAAUGCCGAUACCAUCGUUAUCGCUAAUAACGAUAUUGAUGAAAUGGAUGUACAGAUCUUAGGAGAAAAGUAUAUAUUGCGGUAGCCGGUGAGAUACGAAAGAAACGAAGAAUAAGAAAGGUCAUGAGUUAUAAGAGAAACUUUUUCUUUUCUUCAGAUAUAACGUACACGCGCGCGGGCGCACACACAUCAUACUAAUCCGAUAAUUAAUAAUAAAUUGCCUUAGCUUCGAUAACAACGCGAGGACUCAACUUGCUACUGCGUUCUCAGAGUCAACUGUAAAUAUAUUAGAGAAAAGAAAAAAAGAAUUUGUUAUUCUAUUUAUUAGUGUAUAGAAACGAGUAGUCUUAGUAAGAGAGCCUUUUUGAAACUUAGGGAGGCUUGUCAAGGUGCAUUCAUAAUUUUUCUUUUUUUCUUUGUCAUCAUGGAUACCGAUUACAAUGGAGAUAAUGUAUUUAAGAGAGUCGCGUUAUAUUUGAUAGCAGAGUGUUUAAACAGUCUUGUUAAUAUAUAAUUAGAGAUGUCAAUGUGUCAUAUCAUUGUUUUUUAUCAAAACCGCGCCACUUGACAGGUCAAGGCUUUGACGAAUUUUAUUAAAUUUUUCAUUAGAGUUAAGAAAGAGAUAAAAAUAAAAAUGUCACUCCUACUGUUUAAUGAUACACUUUCAAUCGUUCUGUUUCUACUGAGCGACUGGUUUAACGUUGCUCUUUGUUGGAUCAGGAUAGAAUUUGGGAUUUAGAACGAUUUUGAAAAUUGUCCAAUUGUCAUUUGAGAAUUUGGAGUGUCACGCGAUGAAUGAAUUUUCAUGGUUUUUUUUGUUUUCUCUUUGGAAGUAUGCGAUAUCGUCUUUAUCAGAUGUGUACAUAACAUACGUCCGUACAGUGGUUAUUUAAAAUAAUUACAGUCGGACAUAUUUUUGUAAAGAACAAAGUACUUUGAGACAUCGAUUUACAACGUACUUAAUUUAGAAGUAUCCUCUUUUUAAUACAGCAAUUUAUUUGUAUCUUAUUACUAAUAUGGAAUUUUAUACUAUUGACUGUAUUGCCAAAUAAUAAUGACUUAAACACG